GUAGUGUUCAAUAGCAUCGCACAGACCAAUGCUGCAUUGCGCUCCUCACCGAGCAGGAGCUGUCAGCAGCCGGGACACCAAGCCAUUUAAUCUUCCUAUAUGACAGGGGGAGGUGAGGUCUGUCCCCAGUAACCGUCAUACACACACACGGCGACCCAACACCGCCUCUGCUGCCUCUCCCGUUACAGCUCAGCGAUCGAGUUACGCGGCCGGGGGAAAUGUUGCAGUAGCGAGGAGAGAGAGAGAGAGAGAGAGAGAGAGAGAGAGACACUGCAGCAUCACUUGAGACCGGCAGCAGCAGCAGUCCCAAGCAGUGCAGGUGAGAGGAAAAAAGCCAGAGGAGUAGGAGGAGGAGGCGCAUGUGGAGGAGAGAGAGAGAGAGAGAGAGAGAGCGAGAGAGAGAGAGAGAGAGAGAGAGAGAGAGACAGAAUGCGGGACUCUUGGAAAAAGACGCAUCUACACUCGGUCCAUCCCCGAGACAUCCAUCCCGUUCACAGGCUACAUACGCUGAGUUGAUGAUGAUAUUGGAAUCUCAAUUUUAGCCCAUCAGGAGAGGCUCUAAUUUUCUGUUUUAUAAGAAGAAGAAAAAUAUUCUGAGAAACUAGCUUUCAUAACUUGCGUGAAGGAAUCCGACGGCUUGGCACGUUGCUCCACUGCGGGAAAAAGAGGACAACGCAGCUGGAUCUAAAGGUAAGAAAAGAUCCAGUUGCAGCACCCCAAACCCACUUUUUUUCAAACUGAUUUUCAUUCCUCUUCUGGGGAUGUUGAGUUAAUUUUCACUCGGCGUCCGGAGAGCUGAGCAGUGUUUUUAUUUUCUUCCUUUUGUGUGGUUGCUGCAUUGCAGUUUCUAACUGUGAAAAACGCGAGAAAAGCUGCUGUCCCAAAUGUGACUGGAAUAAAAACAACUUACAAAUGACAAUAUGAACUGAUACGCGUCCUCGUGUGACAGCGGGAUAGCCCUCCGGUUUACGAGAAAGAAAGAGUGAAAGAGGAUUAAUCAAAGGCUGAUGAAUGAGUUGUUUGUUUUUUCGCAGCAGGAUGGAUUUUUGAUAUCUUUUAUGGCGUCAACAGCCCAGCAAGACAACGAAAUUGUUAUUAUAGAAGUUAAAAAAGCACUGUUCAGUAGCCUACUAUAGAAGAAUAAAGAAAGCCUGCACCGCUGAAGUGAACUACGGUGAGAGUGUGGAAGCUUUUCCCUGGACCUCAGGCGGCAGUCCGCAGAGAGCGAUAGGGAGAAAGUAAGAAAGGAUACAUCAAACGCCCACGCUGUGAGUUACACCAGACCACAAAACACCAAUAAAGAAGAGACAAGCCACAGCUCAGAAGCAGACAGCGGGAAGGAGAGAGGCGAGAGGAAGAAGGAGCCAUGCAGAGGCUUGGUGCAGUGCACUCCUCCGCGGCGCAGGCUCUCAGCCUCGUGGUCUUAGUGCUGCAGCUGCUGACUCAGCUACCGGGUGCCGACUCAGCUCUCCGGUACCGGGUGGCGGAGGAGGGCCCACCUGACGUCAAGAUUGGCAACGUGGCCGCCGACCUGGGACUCACGGCAGGUACAGGCAGCGGGGAUGUCACCUUCGCCCUGGAGAGCGGCUCCGAGUUCUUCAAGAUUGACAAUGUGACAGGUGAGCUGACAACAGGCCCAAGGCGCAUCGACAGAGAGAAGCUCCCACAGUGCCAGAUGAUAUUUGAUGAAAAUGAGUGUUUCUUGGACUUUGAGGUGUCGGUGAUUGGACCACUGCAGAGCUGGGUAGACCUGUUUGAAGGCCGUGUGGUCAUAACAGAUAUCAAUGACAACACACCUUCCUUCCCCUCACCUGUGCUCCAGCUCUCAGUUGAGGAGAAUCGCCCAAUAGGAACCCUUUACCUGCUGCCCACAGCAACAGACAGGGAUUUUGGGCGAAAUGGCAUUGACCGCUAUGAGCUGAUCCAAGAUGGUGCCGCCGGGUCAGGUUCAACAAGACGCACAGCAGGAGGCAACCCCAUUGCUAGAGUGGAUGGACUUGGGGACCGGAGGGGUAGAAGUGGAGAUAUUGGAGGACCCAGGAGCACUGUGUUCGAACUACAAGUUGCAGAUAUACCAGAUGGUGAAAAACAACCACAGCUCAUUGUGAAAGGCACAUUGGAUCGUGAGCAAAAAGAUUCAUAUGAGCUCGUCCUCAGGGUUCGAGAUGGGGGGAACCCACCACGUUCCUCCCAAGCCCUGCUUCGCGUUUCCAUAACUGAUGUGAAUGACAACAGCCCACAGUUUGAGAGGUCUACAUAUGAGGCAGAAAUGGCAGAAAAUGCUCCUCCAGGUACACCUGUCCUCCAGGUCAGAGCUUCAGACCGCGACAUUGGAGUCAACGGGCAGGUGGAGUAUGUCUUUGGAGCAGCCACAGAGUCCGUCAGGCGACUUCUGCGGCUGGACGAGGCAACUGGAUGGCUGAGCGUCCUUCACAGGAUUGACAGGGAAGAUGUGGCGCAACUGAGGUUCACAGUAACAGCCAGAGACCGGGGUCAGCCACCCCGCACUGACCGCACCACUGUGAUUUUGGCUGUCCGGGAUGAAAAUGACAACGUCCCAGUCGUAGAAAUCCGAAAGAUUGGGCGGAUCCCCGUUCGAGAUGGAGCAGCAUUAGUACCAGAGAACGUUCUGGUGGACACACCAGUAGCUCUGGUACAGGUGUCAGACCGAGACCAGGGAGAGAAUGGGGCUGUGACGUGCACAGUUGUAGGAGACGUCCCAUUCACAUUGAAGCCAGCUGGUGAAACUGUUCUCCCACCCUUACCUGCAGAUGAAGCCUUUGACAGGAAUAAGAAAAAAUACUUCUUACAUACUUCCGCCUUGCUGGACUACGAGGCCACCAAAGAGUACAGUGUUACCAUUGUGGCAGUAGAUUCUGGCAGCCCCAGUCUGUCCAGCAACAGCUCACUAAUGGUACGAGUGGUAGAUAUCAAUGACCAUGCCCCAACCUUUGCCCAGAGCGUUGUGGAGGUCCACUUUGCUGAAAACAAUACACCUGGUGAAAGGGUAGUCACUGUGGUAGCCACAGAUGCAGACAGCGGCAAGAAUGCAGAGAUUGCAUACUCCUUGGACCCUGCUGGUAACGGGCCAUUUUACAUAGAUGCCGAUAAUGGAGACAUCCGUGCGACUGGGGUUCUGGACCGUGAGCAGCGAGAGAGGUAUGAACUCCGAGUCAUUGCCAAGGACAAGGGUACACCUUCUCUGCAAGGCUCUGCCACUGUUGUCGUCCAGGUGACCGACCGCAAUGACAACGCGCCAAAGUUUGUUCAGGAAAUCUUUACAUUCUACGUGAAAGAGAACCUGCUUGCUAACAGCCCAGUUGGUAUGGUCACCGUGACUGAUGCUGACGAAGGCGAGAACGCAGAACUUAGUCUGUUUGUAGAGAUGGAUGGAGUUGAUGAGAAGAAGACGGUAGAGAAGGUGGAAGGAGAAGAUGCAGAGAAAGAGCGAGAAGAGAUGUUUUCCAUCGAGAACAACACGGGGACUAUCUUCUCUUCUGCAUCGUUUGACCGUGAAAAGCUUUCCACCUACGCCUUCCGUGUCCGGGCUGUGGAUGGAGGGGAGCCCCGCAAAACUGCCACCGCCACCAUCUCGCUCAUUGUGACGGAUGAAAAUGACAACGCCCCCUCAAUCACCUCUCCAACCAAUGAGUCCUACACCCUCCUUCCACCUGCCAGCAGUGCCCGCACAAUCGUCAGGACUGUAACAGCCUUAGACUCAGACACUGGCCCAAAUGCAGACCUUCACUAUGCUCUAGUGGGGGGAAAUCCCUUCAGGCUGUUUGAAAUUGGCCACACCAAUGGAGUAAUCACCCUGGCAGAACCUCUGGAGCGGCGCCACAGAGGUCUGCAUCGCCUGGUGGUCCGGGUCAAUGAUAGUGGGGCCCCCUCUCUCUGUGCUACCGCCCUGGUUCAUGUCUUCAUCAACGAGAGCUUGGCCAACGCCACCCUAGUGGAUGCACAGGUGGCCCGAAGUCUGAUGGCUCCACUGUCACUGGACAUUGCAGGGGACCCAGACAGCGAGCGUGCAUUAGGGAAACAGCGCCUCAGCGUAGCUAUCGGUGUCCUGGCGGGAGCUGCGGCGGUCAUCCUCGUUAUCCUCCUUGUAGUCACAGCUCGGCAGUGCGGUGCUCAGGGCAAGAAUGGCUACGAGGCCGGAAAGAAGGAGCCAGAGGAGGACUUCUUCAGUCCUCCAGGUGCCCAACCACAGGCUGGCUGCAGCAGAGGAUCAGACCGUGGACGCAAACCGCGACGGGACAAACGCAAUGGAAGUGGCAUUGGUGCAGCUGCAGGAGGAGGGAAGGCAGACAGAUCACUCUACAGCGGUAUCGUCACAGUCAACGGGCUGCGUCGCCAUGCCAAUGACGACGAUGAGGAGGAUUUGAGCAGUGCUAGUGAGCGCCUGGCAGCCCGCUACUGUGCUAUGGACGGUGACCCCGGCAGCCCACGGAUGGGCGGCGGCAGGAGACAUCAGUCAAGCCCAGACCUGGCCAGGCACUACAAAUCCAGCUCACCUCUCCCCGCAGUGAAUCUGCAGCCCCACUCCCCCCCAGCUGAAGGAAAGAAGCACCAGGCGGUCCAGGACCUGCCUCCCUCCAACACCUUCGUGGGCAGUGGGGGUUGUGUGGGGAGUGCCGGCUCCAGCAGCAGCAGUAGCGGGGGCAGUGGCAAUGCAGAUGCCAUGUCCCUGGGAUCAGACCAGUGCUCAGAGUAUGGCUGCCAGACUGGGAGCAAGUACAGCAAACAGGGGACCCUUCGCCGGGUGACCUUCUCUGUUGUCAGCCAGCCCCAGGAUGGCGGUUGCUAUGACAGUGGCCUGGAAGACUCAGAGACGCCAAGCAGCAAGAGUUCGUCAGGGCCGCGGCUGGGAGCCCUGCCGCUGCCUGAGGAAGGCUACGAGCGGACCACACCAGAGGGCAGUGUGGGAGAGGAGGAGCACGUGGAGAAUGAUGCCAGACAGCUGCCAGACGUAGCUCUGACAGGAAAGUGUACCAGGGAGUGUGAUGAGUUUGGCCACUCUGACACUUGUUGGAUGCCCGUCCGCCCUUCGCCUCGCCAGCGCCACGGCAGCGACCCCCCACGGCUCUCCACCUUCGCCCCCGGAGAUGAUAAUAACAAUCUCCGUGGUAACGACCAUGAGAGUGACAGCGAGAGCGCUGGCAGUGCAGGGAGCUCAGAACCCGGGGUGGUUGUCGGCGGAGAAGGUCAGAGAUUACCCUUAGCCAAUGGGGAUCCUCUCGGCACCCUGGGAAGUGGAGACCGCAACAGAAACAUGGGCGAUCACAACCGUAACCUUCUGAACCGCAAGAUGACUUCGGCAUCAUAUGACACAUUUAGCAGCGCAGGCUUCGGGAGGCGCCAGCAAGAGGAGGAAGGAGGAGAAGGCAAGAACCCACCUGAAGUCAUACCACUGACGCGGACAGGAGGGGACUACAAGACCACGUCCUGCCUCACGUUGUCACGCCGAGAGGUUUACCUGUGAUAGCCUUGCAACGGAGCAAUCAUCAACACACCACACCCUUUUCUAAAAAAAAAGCAGGGAGGGUUAAGACUUUACUGGCAAGUCAUCAGUUUGGAAGGCCUUUUAAAUCCGUGAACAUGUGAAAAUGUGAGAAAAGAUUGGCUUGGAUUCCGACUAUUAUUUAUAGGCACCUAAACUUAGCAAGUGAUGGGUCCACUCUUCAGAGAGCUCGGACUAGGAGUACUUUAAAAAAAAAAAAAGAAGUUUUUUUUUUAACUAUCAAUGAAAGUUGCCUACAGGCAAAGAUCCGUUUAUGUCUAUGUGGAGGACAACUUCAUGUCUUCAUCUUUUUACCUGAAUCCAAUGCAUGCCUGACCUUCUAACACAGAGGGAUCUGUGUGAAGAAGAGAGACAUUAAGACUGAGUAAAUCCCGAUUCUAUAAAUGCCUCGAUGCAUAUAAAAACUUUCACUGAGGCAACAGCAGUCAAGAUUUGGACUCAACUGGUGAACCAUCUGCUGAAAAACCACAGAGGUCUUAUCCAGUUAAAAUAGAUGAAAAGAAGUAACGGGUCUUUGAUUGAGUUAUUUGGAUCUAAUUCAAGCCAAUCAAACUUUCUAAUGCCUAAUCAACUUUAUUGCAACACAAGACGGGGAUAUUAACCAAUCAAACUGCUAAUCCCGUGAGAAUCUUAACAAGUCAUAAACAGUGUAUCAAAGUACUGACAAAAGUGUGGUCACUGUACAGUUACACGGUAGAAAAAUGUGCUGAUCUCUAAAAUCAGGUAUCUUUAAAAACAAAUGAUUCAGAAUAAACUGCAACAAUGUGAAAAUACUUUUUUUACAGUAAUCAAAUGUAACCAUACAAGAUUCUCAGAGAGUGUCAGUAGUGCCACAGAAUUCCAGCGUGUGUGAAAAUAUGUUCAUUAUUUUACCUUCACACUCAGUCUGUAUGUAUAUAUUGUAUGUGUGUAUUUGAAAAGGCAGCAGUUGUAUCUCUCUGCUGCUGUCCGCCGUUUCGGAGUAUACAGAGGUGCUGAGUUCACUACACACCUACUGUAUCCUAAUAGUGUUCAUGUAUCAUAAAUGUUCUUUCGCACACACAUACACACACAUAUACACAUGCACGCAUGCACGCACUUACACACACAGACCUAAGCAUGCAACCACAAACUCAUACAGUGCAUUUACAGAAUGUGAACAUGCAUAGGGCCACAGUUUAUGACAUGAUUCAGUGGCCGUGUAACAUGAAGUAUAUAAUAACUUGCAUUAACUUUCAUACAGAAAACAUUAAGCACACACACACACACACACACACAUACACACACAAAUACGGCAUAUUAAAACAUAGGUAGAGACACAAACCCAUAUUAAGAUACGCGCACUGCGCAAUUCAUAUGCACUAUGUGUGUAUGUGCACUUAUUCAUCAUUUUUUAACAUAUUGCCUUUCAUUGAACUAGCUGUAGCAUUUUGCCUGCUCCCCCAGUCAGUAUUUAAACAUGAAAUGUAUUUAAAUAAUUACUCAUCUCUCUGACUGAUGUGUUGGGCUACAUUAAAGGGAAUUUCAAACACGUCAUCUGAUGUAUGUAAUGAUAGACAAUGUGGGAAUAGGGGAUUUUCUGCAUACUGUAAGUAGGACUCAUAGAAAAACCAAAAUUCUGUAAGAAAAAAAGGAAAAGAAAAAUGGACUAUGCAUGAAAGAAAGAUAAUGCUAACUUUUUUUCUCUCUUUUUUAAACCACACGCCUUUUUGGAUACCACGCCUAUUUGGAUACAUCUGUAUUAUAUAUGUGUGCUUACGGAGAAAUGGAGAUAAUGAUGGCAGCAAGGGAGUUAGCUUCAGUGGAUGAAAUUGUUCCCACUUUAUCAUGGAGUGAGUUUGGUGUAACCUUGGGCCUUUAUCUCAGUUUCCACAGCCCAAAGUGGGCACUAAAGGUGCUGAGGCGCAGGCUGUAACAAAAAAGAACACAAUGUAGUGGGAGCGCAGAGUUCUGCUGCACCCUUUUCACCACACAGUGCCGACCUGAACACGCCCCAUACUGCUGUGCUAAACUGCACAGAUAACCGACUCCUUCACAUUCGUCCUUCCCAGCAGCUACUGCACGACUCCAGACACACUCUGCUGCACUGGGUUGAAGAGUGGGUGUGGAUCGAGGCCAGCACAUCUUAAUUCCCAUCAUCAGUGUGUGGUUCAGUGGUGUGAUAGGGAUAAUAGGGUUAGGUCGUCCCUGUGGUCUUAAUGAGUUUCUUUUCUCCUCUCUUCUCCUCCCUUGAUCUGCACUGAUCUCAUUAAUGUCUGGAUUGGCGAAUGUAACACUUCUGAAAAUUGCCAGAAAGUGUGUCUCUUCAUUUUUCUGGUUGUUUUGGAUCAGAUCAGGCAGGGGGACAUGCUUGUAAAAGGAGGUGCUACAAUUUAGUUCAUAGGUCCUUGUAGAUCAUAGAGUUAGUCAGAAAAGAGAGCAACACUCAGGUAAGAUGUGCGACAAUGUUCAACUUAUUAACUAACUACUUGUGGUUUUGGCCACACAUUGUUGCUGCUUGACUGUGCCCUCACUGAAAGGUAACUGGACGUGCGGAAACAGUAAAGUAGUGAGUCCUGUACAUUCAUUCUACAUUGGUAAUCGUCCUGAGAAAUGAGUGUGCUCCAUGUGUGUGAUUACACUUUGUAUACCUGUAUAUACCUACAACUCUGUGACCGACUCCCUUUAGCUUGUUUUAGGCCACUGAUGUACUUAACUCCCUAAGCCUUCAUUACCCCCAAAUCCCCAACAUGGCUGUUUACUGAGCUCUGUUAUUGAUGGACUGUGCUGAGGAUGUAACAAAACUAAAGGCCUAAUGCAUGGAGUACGAGGCACACACACUGAGAGACAGAAGGACACAUGCUCUUUCUCUGGGAGAAAUAGUUGAGAUAAGUGUGUCUCCAUCCCUUGGAGGCCAGAAAAGUCUUGAAGAACUGACGUCCAGUUUGUGAGCUUUGGAAAGAGACUCUUGACACAGCACUGCCUCUUCAAAGUGGCAGAUAUUUCUUCAAACUGCUGUUUUCUGGCAGUUUCAUUAUGGCACCUUUCAAACCCUCCCAACCAGAUUUAAGGGAACUUGCUGUACAUGAAUCUGUGUGGGUGUGUAUCUUUUUUUAUACUGCACGUUUAAACAUGAAUAUCUUUCAGUCUACUGCAAAACAGAGAGGGGAGACAGACAGAGAAGAGUGUAGAGAGAAGAGUCCAUCGCCCACUUAUUGAGACAUUUUUAAAAACAGACACUUCCGCGCACAUCAUGUACCUGUCAUCCCCCUCGUGCUGUUACCCUUAUAGCCAUGUACAGAUAAAAUUACACUGUAGAACAGACAACUGGAAACCAUAACAGACAAUGGCAUGCCUAAGGUCUUCAAAUCUGCACUUGAGAAAAAAAAGAGAAAAAAAAUGUUAUUUUUAUUUUCCUCUUCUUGGUUUUCUUUUCUUAUGGGGCUGGCUCUGUUUUUUGCUGCUCCCUUCCUGUAAUUACAUAAUGAACUAAUUGCAUUUGCUAUCGCGAGGAAGAAGGAGCUGUUGACGAAUGGUUUGGUAUGAAGAUGAAUCAUGUAAAAGUUUGACUUUGACAUUAAAAACUUCAAACACU